AUGCCAUUCAAUCCAUUCAAAUUAGAUGUCGCGGAAAAUUGUCUAUUUCAAUACUUUCAAUCCACUGCAUCCUGCUCUUUAACAACCUUUGGCCAUGACCCGACUGAUGUGGGGAACAUGCUUAUCCGCAUGGCUCUCGUCAAUAAUGCCCCAUCCACCGCUGCAGUGCUGCGAUCUUUGCUCGCGUUGUCUUCACUGCACCGUUCUGGACUACAAUCACAGGUCGCUGAGCUCAAGAUUGCUGCCUUGAAAGCGCUAGGCGUAGCAUCGAAUGGCGAGAUCGGUAUCAUGGAAACAAUGCAGCAUGUUGCUGCGGGGAUGCUUUUAUGCUCCUAUGAGAUCUACCAGGCAUCAUGUACCUCUGGUCAAUGGCGGUCGUACAUCAUCGGCGUCAAAAGUGUCAUCAAAGCCUCAUCUCUUGACAUAUACAAAAGGGACACCGACUUCAAUGCGUUGCUUGACUGGGUAUACUACCAUGAUGUAUUAUCCCGUUUCAGUAUCACACACUGGCAACCGCCGGUAAUCGACAGAUUCCUCGUACAUUUAGACGAGUCGGUAGACAUACCAUCGCCGCCGAUGAAUACCAAUCCCUGUAUUGAGAUCACACACUCAGCCCAAUCCCCCUUUACCAAGAUUCUAAAGUCUUUGACGGAGGUCUGCAAUCUAGUCGCAACAAAGCCGUCGCACGUGUCUUCAUCCAAAGACAAAGACGCAGAUGACUUGAAGAGCUACCUGAAAAUCCUCACAUGGAGGAUCCGGUCCAUCCCGCGCUUGGACACAAUAACCAACGAGAAUCCGAGCAUGGCGACUCUUGUCGAACUCUUCCAACUGGCUACUCUCAUAUACCUUAACCGAGCAUUUGGAAGCAUUCUAGAACCAGCUACCGAAACUCAACAAAGGCUUGAACGAGCUUUCAGUAUUUUCUCCCAGCUCAGUUCUUGUGAACGUCAGUAUCCGCUGUUCAUUUUGGGCUGCGAAGCGCGGACCGAUCGGGAACGAUGUAUAGUCCUGGAUUUAAUUUCUAGGACAGAGAAGAGGGAUUCAUCCCGCUCCCUAUUUCUGACCAAGAAGCUGAUACAAGCCAUUUGGGCUCAAGAUGAUCUCUCCCAUGACGAGCUUGACUAUACUACAAAGCUUAGUGCUAUAUUGAGUUGUUGCACUAUUUUGCCUACUUUUGUCUAA